AUUUGCUUCCUCCUGUUCGCAGUCCUUUACAUCGUGUCCUACUGCAUCAUAACGAGGUACAAGAGGAAGAGUGAUGAUCACGAAGAUGAAGACGCUGUUGUCAACCGAAUAUCGAGAAUGGAUGUUAGUAAGCAAAUACAAGUAAAGAAAGGUCAGUAAAGGAAAAAAAUUAUGAAGUACAAUACAUUUCAGUUGACUAAGAUGAUCAACAGAUAAUUUAACUGCACAUAUGUUUGUAAUCAUUUAAGUUGUGUUUUCUUGCCAGAAUGACAAACAUUCUCUGGUUUCAGCUUCUAGGUUGUGAGGAUUUUCUGCUUGUCGAUUUUUAUAUCGUAGUGAGAUUAUACUUGUGCACCUUCACCCUGGCAGUGUCGGGUGGUGCUGUCUUCCUACUGCCUUUCUCAAUCAUUAGUAAUGAGAUCCUCCUGUCCUUCCCCAAAAACUAUUACAUUCAGUGGCUCAAUGGCUCCCUCAUUCACGGUCUGUGGAACCUGGUGUCACUGUUCUCCAACCUUUGUCUCUUUGUCCUGAUGCCUUUUGCCUAUUUCUUCUUGGAAUCUGAGGGAUUUGCAGGAUCGAAAAAGGGCAUUAAGGCACGUAUUCUGGAGACCUUUGUGAUGCUCUUCCUGCUGGCUCUGCUCAUCUUGGGCAUCGUGUGGGUUGCAUCAGCACUCAUUGACAAUGACGCAGCCAGUAUGGAGUCACUCUAUGAUCUUUGGGAAUUUUACCUGCCCUACCUCUACUCCUGCAUAUCUCUGAUGGGAGGACUGCUGUUGCUCAUGUGCACUCCCGUGGGAUUAUCCAGGAUGUUCACUGUCAUGGGCCAGUUACUGGUGAAGCCAACAAUCCUGGAGGACCUGGAUGAGCAGAUUUACUGCAUCCAUUUGCAGGAGGAAGCCCUUCAGAGGAGAUUAAACGGAUCGUCCACACACUCUUAUACUCGAGGAAGCUUUACUCACCAGCUCAACAAAGAGCUGGACAAUAUUAGAAACCAGAGGAAUAAAUUGGAGAGAAGAAAGAAAGCAUCGGGUUGGGAGAAGAACUUGCUGUAUCCCAUAGUGAUGUUGAUCCUGCUCACAGGAACGACAAUCUCAGUUCUUAUGGUGGCACUGAAUAUCCUCUAUCUUCUAGUGGAUGAGACUGCCAUGCCCAAGGGAUCCACGGACAGAGGCAUUGGAAACGCCUCUCUGUCCACUUUUGGUGUGGCUCAGGCGGCCCUGGAGAUCAUCCUCAUGUUCUACUUGAUGGUGUCCUCGGUUGUUGGCUUCUACAGCCUGCGAGUCUUUGAGGCACUCACUCCCAGGAAGGAUGACACAACCAUGACAACGAUCAUUGGUUGCUGUGUGUCCAUCUUGGUCCUGAGCUCAGCCCUGCCAGUGAUGUCCAGAACUCUUGGUAUCACCAGGUUUGACCUCUUGGGAGACUUCGGGAGAUUUAAUUGGCUGGGAAACUUCUACAUUGUCCUUUCAUACAACCUGCUAUUUGCAGUCGUGACGACACUCUGUCUUGUACGAAAAUUCACCUCGGCCGUACGAGAAGAGCUUCUGAAGGCUUUAGGUCUGGAUAAAUUGCAACUGUCAAACAGCCCCACAGACCCUGAAUCUGGGAAGCUCUCGGCCAACGGGCAUCAGAAAACUUUGUGAAAGGGACGAUAUAUCAACACACACACACGCACACACACACACCUUAGCACAGCCAAAGGGAGAUUUCCACAAUACUGCCUGACUGCUGAAAGGUGAAAGGGAUUGGAAGGAACUUAAUAAACCCAGGCAGUGUCUGACGGAUGCUGCAAAUGGAGGCUGAGAGCAAUUUAGCUUCGUGACAUUCCAUCCUCUGUGUCUCGGAUGGAAGCUGGGACAGAGCCAGGGAUGAGACUGGGGAGUGAAAUAGACUGGCAUCACUGCAGUGACCUUGAUGUUGACCUCAACCGUGACUGUGACUUUAAACCACCCAUCUCUUGCUUCAGGGGCACCCCCCCCUACCCCCACAGCAUUGCUGUCUUGUUUUUCUCUUACAGCUUCGUCACCACUGCACAAGACAAAAACCCGAGGAUACGGCAGGUGAAACAGUGCUCCUUCUGUCUGAGAGGUGGGUGUGUCCCCCCCCAUCACCUCACUUUUCCUCUGUGUUCGGUAAAUAACCCCCCAAUCCAGUUAGACU